CGUAUCAAAGCACCGCGCUAAAUUCAUUUAUUUAUUUCUGAUAAGUGCACUCAGCGAAAAACAUCAUAGUAGUUUAUGACUUUAAAACGAAACGAACUAUGGUAGAUCUCGAAAUGGUGGCUGCGCCAGCAGAGACUGCUGUGAUGGACAGCAGCACUGGACUCUGCCGCCUAUGUUUGCGUCACGAUAAAACAAUUGUGAAUAUAUUCGAGGAAGUACCAACGCCAGCUGAGGAAAAGUCAUCGCCUGAGACUGAAGUGCCUGCGAAGAUAAUUAACAUGGUUGAGCGGCUAUUCGAUUUGUUGGGCGUAAAGUUUCAGCACUCGACGGCCUUGCCGAGUCACAUCUGUCAAAGAUGCUUUGCCAUGGUGCAGGCGUUUACUGAUUUUCGUGAAAAUGUGCAGAGAUGUGAGACUGAGUUGCAGCGCUGGCUAGAGCAAAAUUAUAAAAGCGCAAGAAACGAAAAUGAACAUCGGCCAGGCCUUAAUGGAAAUCCGGGCGAUUUUGAACCCGAAGACGAUUGCGUAAUUACAGAGAUUGACCCCAAUCAGGAUUAUGAGAGUUCCGAAGAUGAAUUUUCUAUGGAAUCGGAUUCGGAAACUGAGGAACAUACACCCGCUGCGACGCAAAAUUCUCUUAUUGCAACGUCCAAUUCGGCACAGCAUGAAUUUAAUAAUUCAGCAAUGACGGCCAAGUCAACAGCUGAUAUGCAUAAUGCUGAAAAUUCACAAACUGCAACGGAUAUGUCUUCCUCCUAUGCUGCAGUACCAGGCAACGACUCGUUUAUUGGUGGCGAGGUAGUGAUCAAAAACACAUAUCUUUGUCAGUAUUGUGACAUGGCAUUUACAACACAAGCUGAAUGUCAAGAACACGAGUCACAACAUGACAGUGCAGCGCCGUAUGUCUGCAGCUUUUGUUCGCAACGUACUUCCAGUCGCCAAAAUUUGAUUUAUCACAUUAAAGAGCUGCACGAUCCGGAACGACCGUAUGUUUGUGCAUUCUGCAAAAAGGGUUUCUGCCGACGUUCCGAUCUGAAGAAGCAUACGAUUGUGCAUACCGGUGUGCGUCCGUUCUCAUGUCCCGUCUGUGCAAAGAGUUUCUCACGUAACACCAAUUUAACGAAACAUAUACGCAUACAUAGCAGCGUAAAGCCACACGUAUGCACGCGCUGCCCACGUUCAUUCUCCAGCGCUCCCGAGUUGAUGCGUCACAUACGCUCGCACACAAAUUCAAAAUCAUUCCAGUGCAGUCGCUGUCCAAGUGCAUUCGCCCGUAAGGAUAAACUACAUCUGCACGAACAGACGCAUUUCCGCCGUGAUGCCGAAUUUCUACAUCAACAAAAUAACGGUGCUGCUGCGUUAAAGACUGAAGAUGGCAACAGUAUGGGACAGACAGAAAACUUGGUAGUAUCACUGAAUCCAUAUGGUGACGGCGAUAAUGCGCAGUCACAGGCAAAUAUGUCAUCACCGCAGGAUCAGUAUCGUCAGCAUAGCAUCUUGGCAGCGCAGUUACAGCAGCGACCGUCAAUGCCGAAGCCGCACAAGUCAUCACAUUCACGCUCUUUCACCUGCACGAUUUGCCAGAAGACAUUUACACGUGAACGCGACUUGCAACGCCACCAGGCGUUACAUCUGGACACGCUAUUUACGUGCAAGCAAUGUGGUACCGGUUUUAGUCGACGCGAGAAACUCGCACGCCACGAAUUGGAAUUCCAUGCGCCACAGUAUCCCUGUGACGUUUGUCGUAUGCAAUUUACCAAGCACGAUGAAUAUGAAAGACACAUGAAAAUGCAUGAGUUGCAACAGAGUGCGGCUAUGGCCACACAGGCAGCAAUUAGUGCGGCAUCAGGCGUGUCCAGCGCGCCGUCAGGUAAUAUUUUGGGUUUAGCUAGCGCGGCCAACACUGCUGGUGCCAUGAAUUUGGUAACAACCUCUGCUAGCCCUGGCAGUAGCAUGCAUGCAACCGCUACUGCGCCGAAAGAUUUGUCAGGCACGCAGCAACGUCCAACCGCUGCGGAUAUGUCCUUCUACAGCCAAUUAGUGCCUACCAUGAAUCUUGGUUUCUAUAGCGAAACGCGUCCUGAAGAUCGCAAUGGCAUUUAGGCAAGUGACACGCAGCGUCGCGACAUAAUGCAUUUACAUACUUACAACUCCUUAGAGAGUACGUUAAGUCGUUAAACGCAAUAGCUAGGCAUAAGCAACUUAAUUACGUGAAUGUUACCAUAUAUAAACUACUUUUAAUUUGUACAUACAUAUGGCUAUGUCUACUGACAUAUGUGCAUAAGUAUACUGGAUACAUAUAUACAUAUAUGA